AUGAAAGAUGUUGUAGCUAUCUGGGACGUUGCAUUAAGUGAUGGAGUCCACAAGAUUGAAUUUGAACAUGGGACCACAUCAGGAAAACGCAUUGUAUAUGUGGAUAGGAAGGAAGAGAUAAGAAAAGAGUGGAUGUUCCAGUUAGUGGGGAAGGAAACCUUCUGUGUUGGACCUUCAAAAACCAAAGCUACCAUACAUAUACUCUCUGGCAAAGGUUAUGUUUUUAAAUAUACUCUAGACAUUGAAGGGAAAAGCUUCAAGAAGUAUAUAGAGAACAGAUCAAAAAUGACCAAUACCUGGAUAUUGCACUUGGAUGGUGAGCACUUUAGGAUUGUUUUGGAAAAAAAUACUAUGGACGUAUGGUGCAAUGGAAAAAUAAUAGAGACCGUGGGUGUGUUUGUAGAAGACAGGACUGAAACACACUUCAGUGUUGGGAGCCAUAACUGUUACAUAAAGGCUGUCAGCAGUGGGAAGAGCAGAGAAGGCAUCAUCCAUACGCUCGUUGUGGACAACUGGGAAGUCCCAGAGAGUGAGGUUCUGAACCAAAGAGGUGACAUCAGGGCUUGCUAA